AUGGCCCACCAAGCACAUGCAUACCACAUGGUUGACCCAAGCCCAUGGCCCCUAACCGGAGCAGUCGCUGCACUCUUAAUAACAUCAGGUCUAGCAAUCUGAUUUCACUUUCACUCAACCAUUCUUAUAACCCUAGGACUGAUUCUACUACUCCUCACCAUGUAUCAGUGAUGACGAGAUAUCAUCCGAGAAGGCACCUUCCAAGGACACCACACACCCCCUGUACAAAAAGGCUUGCGAUACGGAAUAAUUUUAUUUAUCACCUCUGAAGUAUUCUUCUUUCUAGGGUUUUUCUGAGCAUUUUACCACUCUAGUCUCGCCCCCACCCCAGAACUUGGAGGAUGCUGACCCCCCACAGGUAUUACUCCCCUAGACCCGUUUGAAGUCCCCCUCCUCAAUACCGCAGUACUCCUAGCAUCCGGUGUUACCGUAACAUGGUCCCACCACAGCCUAAUGGAAGGAGAACGCAAACAAGCAGUUCAAUCCCUCGCCCUGACAAUCCUUCUAGGAUUCUAUUUCACCGCCCUCCAAGCCAUAGAAUACUAUGAAGCCCCCUUCACUAUCGCAGACGGAGUGUACGGCUCAACUUUCUUUGUAGCAACAGGCUUUCACGGACUACAUGUUAUCAUCGGCUCAACCUUCCUUGCCAUCUGCCUCCUUCGACAAAUCCAAUAUCAUUUUACAUCAGAACACCACUUCGGAUUCGAAGCAGCCGCCUGAUAUUGACACUUCGUAGAUGUUGUAUGAUUAUUCCUAUACGUCUCUAUUUACUGAUGAGGCUCAU